UCCUUCAGGAAAGGAGUCUCACUUUCAAUCAAAAGACUACUAAUCAUUGCGCUCUUUGUUUUUGUGUUGUGUUUCUAGACCCUCCUUGGCUUGGAUGUUCACUCUUUAACAGACUAAUCCACAUACUCCAACUGAGCUACAAUCAUGCAGCUCCUCCAGUCUCUCUUUUUGUUUUUGUUCUUCAGUUACAGCGUUGUUUCUUUGCCAACUUCGGGUCGCACUCAGCAUAAGGGAAGAUCUUACAAGGUCAGUCGGGUUCGUCGCGGAGAGGGCGAGUUGCAUGGUCCCUCGGCGCUGCGAAAGGCAUAUCGCAAGUUUGGCAUUGUUCCCAGUAACCUCAACAUUGAGCUGGAGGACUUCGCCCCCGUUACCACUGUCAAGCACAACGUCGUCGCUGCCAGCGAUAACAGCGCCGAGCCAGAUCAGGUUGGUGCUGUCAGCGCAACCUCUGUCGAAAGCGAUGCCGAAUUUGUUUCGCCUGUUGAAAUUGGUGGCCAGAAGAUCGUCGUGACCUUCGACACAGGCUCAGCGGACUUCUGGGUCCUGGAUACUCGUCUCAACAAGACCCUUGAUGGUCAUACCCAGUACAACCCCGCCAACUCAACCACGUUCAAGGAUAUGCCCGGCGCAACUUUCAAUGUCUCCUACGGUGAUAACUCGUUCGCCGCUGGGCCUGUCGGAACCGACACAGUCAACAUCGGCGGUGCAAUCGUCAAGAACCAAGCCAUCGGAAUCCCGACUGAAGUCUCCCAGUCCUUCAUCGAAGACACCAAUUCGAACGGUCUGGUUGGCCUGGGUUUCUCUUCCAUCAACAGCAUCGAACCCCAAGCGCAGAACACCUUCUUCGCCAAUGCUGCGGCUAAUCUCGACGAGCCUGUCUUCACUUCUGCCAUCAAGAGUGAUGGCGUAGGCGAGUAUGGAUUCGGUCUGAUCGAUUCGAGCAAAUACCAGGGCACCAUGGCCAACGUCAGCGUGGAUAGCUCCAACGGAUACUGGCAGUUCGAUACCACCGAGUUCGCAGUGGGCAAUGGCUCUAUCCAGACGAUCAACAACACGCAGACGGCGAUUGCUGAUACCGGCACUUCUCUCAUGCUGAUGGACCAGCAGGUGGUGGAUGCUUACUACGCCGACGUGCCUAGCGCCGUGUAUGUGAGCAGUGCUGGAGGUUACAUCUUCCCUUGUAACACCACUCUCCCCAGCUUCUCGAUUGCCAUCGGCUCGCAGCACUUGGCUACGGUUCCUGGAAACCUGAUUGAGUUCUCCAAGGUUGGCACCAACACCACUACUGGACAAGCUCUUUGCUAUGGUGGCAUUCAAUCAAACUCGGGCGCCUCGCUCCAGAUCUUGGGUGACGUCUUCCUGAAGGCCUUCUAUGUUGUUUUCGACAUGCGUGGUCCUUCCCUGGGUGUCGCGGCGCCCGUGUGAUUGUCUUGCGAUGAGCAC